UCGAUCUCCAUCUCACUGUCGAUUUCUCUGCCGCCUCUGGUUCGUGGAUCCCUAAUUUUGCGUCUGUGUAAGCGAUGGCGAGAACGAAGCAGACGGCUCGCAAGUCUACCGGCGGCAAGGCCCCGAGGAAGCAGCUGGCCACGAAGGCCGCCCGGAAGUCGGCGCCGGCGACCGGCGGCGUGAAGAAGCCUCACCGCUUCCGCCCCGGGACCGUGGCUCUCAGGGAGAUCCGCAAGUACCAGAAGAGCACCGAGCUGCUCAUCCGCAAGCUGCCGUUCCAGCGCCUCGUGCGCGAAAUCGCGCAGGACUUCAAGACCGACCUCCGGUUCCAGAGCUCGGCCGUGGCGGCGCUUCAGGAGGCGGCCGAGGCUUACCUUGUCGGUCUCUUCGAAGACACCAACCUCUGCGCCAUCCAUGCCAAGCGGGUCACCAUCAUGCCAAAGGACAUCCAGCUCGCUCGCCGCAUCCGCGGGGAGAGGGCCUGAGUUAUAAGUCUCGUGCUAUAUCCCUACUCUGUUUAUUGUUCCGUUCUCUCUGCCUUUUCAAAAGUACUGAUUUUUAUUAUCGAAAGGUGCUGUUCAUCUUUAGCUGUAAUCCCCAACGCUAAAUCUUCUAGUUUCAGCUUGAAGCUUAAAGAUGCAUCAGUCGAAAAAUGAUCGUGCGUUUAAAAAAAUAUCAGAUUUUGAUGAUCUUCAA